AUGCCUGAUACUAAAGCCAAUACACUUCUACCGGGGUGCGGAGCGGUUGGUACUUUGGCGGCCGUCACAUUGGGAAGAUCUGAACGUGCCACCGCCACAGCAGUGCUAAGGUCAAACUUCACCGCACUUGAGCAGAAGGGCUUCGCCAUCGGUUGUAUUGAUCAUGGCAGUCUCACGGGCUGGCGUCCAUCACGUAUUGAGCGCUCGGUUCGAGAUGCAAUGAGUCAUGGACCUUUCCAGUUCAUCGUUAUAGCACUGAAAAACCUCCCUAAUAUUUAUUCAAUCCCAGCUCUCGUUGCUCCAGCCAUUACGCGAUCUGCAACGAUUGUCCUGAUACAAAACGGCAUUGGUAUUGAGCAACCAUUCGUCGAUUCCUUCCCGGAUUCCACUACCUUAUCCGGCGGAAGCAUGAUUGGCACCCGUGAAUUGAGCAGCGGCGUGAUCAGACAUGACAAGCCCGAUAUUCUCCACCUAGGCCCAAUAUAUAACGCGACUAUUGCAAGGAAAACAGAGGACGAACUGGCAGCUUCUUUCGCCUCGCUGUACAGAGCCAGUGGCGCAUCUUGCCUCCUCGCCAACGACAUCACUUGCAUGCGCUGGAAGAAGCUCGUGUGGAAUGCAUCCUUCAAUGGUGUUUGCGCUAUGACAAGCCUUGGUUCUGGCGCCAUUAUGGAUUCCGGUGGUGUAGAGACCAUAAUCCGCCCAGUGAUGGAUGAAAUUGUCACUAUCGCCAAGGCCAGUGGGUGUACCCUACCGGAUGGCAUCCAGCAGCGGACAAUUGACUGGAUGCCACGCGAAAUAAACUUUCGUUCAAGUAUGUUGGUUGAUGUCGAUCGUGGCAACCUAUUGAAGUUGAAGCUAUUGUGGGUAAUCCACUGCGCAUAG